CCAAACACUCCUUUGAUGGACUCACUCUCGCCGGCGAUCGCCUCCAAAAUCGUUCUUCCGGCGAGAAAUUCUUACCAAUUCCUCGGCCCGGUUCUUCCGAGUUUGAGGCCAAGCUUCAGCCGACUUUGCAAGAAGAUUUGCGUCCAUGCGGAGAACACGACCCCUACGCCGAUCGCUCCCGCGAUUGACUUCAGCGAUCCUCAUUGGAAGUCCAAGUUCCAGGACGACUUCGAGGCUCGAUUCAACAUUUCUCACCUCACUGACAUUUUCCGUGACGCUCUCCCCAUUCCCUCCACUUUUUGCCUCAAGAUGAGAACUCCCACAGAAGACUUUGCUGAUGGGUAUCCAUCUGAUGAGAAGUGGCAUGGGUACAUUAAUAACAAUGACAGAGUACUUCUGAAGGUCAUACGCUAUUCCUCUCCCACAUCUGCUGGUGCUGAAUGCAUUGAUCCUGAUUGUACUUGGGUGGAGCAAUGGGUUCACCGUGCUGGUCCUCGGGAGAGAAUAUACUUCAAACCAGAAGAAGUAAAAGCAGCAAUUGUGACUUGCGGUGGACUUUGCCCUGGUCUUAAUGAUGUCAUCAGACAGAUUGUCAUCACUCUAGAAAUAUAUGGUGUGAAAAAGAUUGUUGGGAUUCCUUUUGGUUACCGUGGAUUUUCCGAGGAAGGCUUAAGUGAAAUGCUUCUAUCCAGGAAAGUGGUUCAAAAUGUCCAUCUUUCUGGUGGAAGCUUGUUAGGAGUCUCGCGUGGAGGACCCAAUGCUAGUGACAUUGUGGAUAGUAUGGAGGCAAGAGGAAUCAACAUGCUUUUUGUGUUGGGUGGAAAUGGAACCCAUGCCGGUGCCAAUGCAAUACACAAUGAGGUCGGUGGGCCUGUAACAUUUUACACAUGGGCACUUUAUGUUAUAUUCUCUAGUGUGCUUGAUGGAAAUUUGUAUGUUGAAGUUUUAGUCACUUCCAUUGUGAUAUUUACCCUAGAACUAACUCUAGUUUGGAACUUUAUAUUAUUCUCUUUCAUGCAGGAUUUCCUCCAGAAAACUAAUGCCAAAGAUGCUUCUGGAAAUAUUGUAUUUGGAGAUAUUGGUGUACAUUUACAACACGAGACGAAGAAAUACUUUAAGGAGAUUGGUAUUCCAGCUGAUGUGAAGUACAUUGAUCCCACAUAUAUGAUCCGAGCAGUCCGUGCAAAUGCAUCAGAUGGAAUUCUUUGUACUGUACUGGGUCAAAAUGCGGUUCAUGGUGCAUUUGCUGGAUAUAGCGGCAUAACGGUGGGCAUAUGCAACACACAUUAUGUCUAUCUUCCCAUUCCUGAAGUCAUUUCUUACCCCAGGGUUGUGGACCCUAAUAGCCGCAUGUGGCAUCGUUGCUUGACAUCAACCAGACAACCAGACUUCAUCUAAUUGAGGCAUUCUAUUUUAUAUAAUAUACCACUAUAGGUUUGAGAAAUCUAAGUUUUAUUAAUGUGUAGAUUAGAGAACAGAAGGCCAGCUUCGAAAGGUUUUUGGUUAAGUCUGUUCAUGGCUUGUUGAAAUAAUACCAAGGAUGACAUUUCCUCCAAAUUCGGAAAUUCUUCUGUGUAGCAUUACGGUGCCAGUUCUCACAGGACAAACUGAUAAUAAAAAUUUCUUUGGAACCACCCAAAGCGGUUUGUAAUUGGUUCCUUGUCUUCUAUACGACAUGUUUUUAUCUGAGAAAUUCAUUUUGCAA